UCGGCAGGUGUUUUUUCAAACACUAUUGCCGGCCGGAAGAAGCAAUCGGUUAAAUAAUUGCAGCAGCAGAAUUAAAUGAGUCAUAAAACGGCUCUGGGUGAGUUCUGUGCCGCAGCAAUUCCGUUCAGGUCUUCGCGAAUACUUCGAACGUUUUCCUAACGGAGAAAGCUAACAACGGGCGUCGCAAAUGAUGGCAUCGGUGCGAAUACCGGAGCAGAAAAUCAUCCUCUGCGGGGAGUAUGGCGUCGGCAAGAGCUCCAUAUUUCGGCGGUUUGCGACCAACAGUUUCGUUACCACCACCGAUCGGAAAUCUACCCUCGGGUUGGACCACUUCGCUAGAACGUAUGGUGUUGGAGACAAGGAAAUUAAGCUUCAACUCUGGGACACGGGCGGUAUGGAACGGGUUGCUUCGGUCACCUCCAGUUACUACAAGUUUGCCGAAGCUGCCAUCCUGGUGUUUGCGUUGGACAAUGAAUCCUCAUUCCAUGCGCUCUCGCAGCACAUGCUCGACGUUGUGUCCUAUGCUGAGAAUGCCAAAAUAUUCCUGGUAGGAAAUAAGGUAGACAUAGAAGCAAGUGGCGAUCCACCCGUAACCGAUGCAGACAUGGAAUCGUUUUGCGAGCAGUGCCAAAGUCUGAUAAGUGCGACGUACAAAACGUCCUGCAAAACGGGCGAAGGCCUAGAGGAAAUGUUUCGCGACAUUGCAUCCUCGCUAGUAGAAUCGAACCGCUCCCGGCUUGAGCUGCAGGCACUCGAGAGUCACGGUUUCAAGAUUCACCCACCGGACGAGGUGACUGACCCGGGAUGCCUGUGCUAGUAUAUCUAUUGAUGGAGCUGGAGCAGCGUUUACUCUCGACUUUGCUGCACUCUCGGUUUAGUUCGCUUCCCAGAAGCCAACAGAUCUUCACAUCAAGCCAUUCUUCAUUUGAUCAUCGAACUUUAAACAACCAGCGGAUCUUCUAGCGGUUGCCUUCCAUUGAGUGAAACCGUCCUAGCAAAAGCAACGUUGGAACACACGGGAGUGCUAUUCGCUGUGCGAGUAUUUCGCUUGCCAAGCUAUGAGAACAAACAUUCAACAAAGUGCCAUCAAACGACGAAGAAAUCAGGUGCGGUGAUGACGAUGAGGAGAUAAUUCAAUUUAUUCCACCUACAGGAACAAUCGUAGAGCAGCCAGGAAUCUGCUGCAUUGCGCCACGAGCAAUCAAGCUAACCAGUCAAAGUGCGUUUUAGUUGCUUAUAGGGCUUCUAGUAGGGCUAGUGUAGCGUAUUAUUUAAUCCGUCGAUAUUAUGUAUUUAUCGUAACACAUUAUAAGUUUUUCCGUAAGUUUAAAAUGCACUAAAUAAUCAAAUUC